GCGUCUUAUUUUAGAGAUUUACACGAGCUUCGUUUUUCCUUGUGUUUGCCAGUCAUAAAAGACGUUUUGCUAACUUUUGCUUCGUGUCAGCGAAAGUUUUACGAGGGACAGCACUGAGAAAGUAAUCCUUUCUUAAGAAUGAAGACUCCGGAAGUCUGUGCACAGUCUCCCAAGAGACUGCAAACUGGUUUUAAGUCCAUUAUGGAGAGUCAGCUGCUAUCCACUGAAGCACUGCGCCCCCUAGCUUUGAAGAAUGUUCUGCUGUCUAAAGGUGUGAUGGAGCAGCAGGGGAAUUCAAAAGUAGCCAUCCAGAGGCCAGACCGUCUGAGCUUCAUCCUGGAAUCUUGUCAAGUAAAACCUAAAGUCUUAGUGUGUGCUGAGUCUUCAGGAAUAACUUCACUUUCUAGCAGCAAACUAACAGAAGCUUUAUGUCCUAUUCCAAGCGUAUGGUCUGAAAAUAAACUGCUGUCAUCUGCUACUUCAUCAUCUUUGCUGCAGUCGGCAUGUUCUAUAGCUCCACCAUCUUUCUUGCAUUCUACAAUGCAUUUGGAUGUUGGGAAAGGUUUAGCAGUCGGUUCCUGUGCCAGAACUGAAGCCCUGACCUCAGUUGCCAAAGGCAAGACCAAAGUUGUGUCUUCUAAGGAAUGUGGAACAUCUGCCUCAAAACCCAGUUUGACAUGCCACGAUAUGAUCACAGAUGUAGCAAAACAACAGCGAGAUGAAAAGGAUGUCAAGCAACCAGUGGAAGAUGAUGUAUUGGCAUCAAUGCCAUUGUACAAUUUCUCAAGCACUGGUGAAACUGAAACACUUCCAAAGCUUUCAACAAAGAAGGGGUUAUUGAGAUUUAAAGACUGUUCUCCAAAUGUCGAGUAUACUUGCCAAGAAACUAAGGUAAGAACUGCACUUACCUGAUGAAAAUGCCGUAGG